GUCAUGGCCGAGCAUCUUUGCAUGGCUGGCCACGACGUUUCGAAACAGCGUGGGGCUUGCUGGGCCUCGGAAGUAUAAGACUCGACCAUCCCCAGGACCUCAUCCUGGUGUUCUCAGUCCAUCGACCCAGACGGCCUUCCCACCCUGAUCGACAAUCCCACUCUUCAACCCAAGCCUCCGUCACAAUGAAGUUCAGCGUCUUGAACACCCUCGCGCUCCUGGCACCGGCCACCUCGGUUCUCGCCCAGUGCUCGCUGCCCUCGUCCUUCCGCUGGACAUCGACCGGCGCUCUCGCUCAGCCCCAGAAUGGCUGGGCUGCCCUCAAGGAUUUCACGGUUGCGCCCUACAAUGGCCAGCAGCUCGUGUACGCCACGACCGCCAGCUACAGCGGCCAGUGGGGUUCCAUGGCCUUCAGCCCCGUCAGCGACAUCUCCCAGCUGGGCUCGGCGUCCCAGACCGCCAUGUCCCAGGGCACCGUCGCGCCUACCCUCUUCUUCUUCCGCCCCAAGAACAUCUGGGUCCUGGCGUAUCAGUGGGGGCCGACCGCGUUCUCCUACAAGACGUCGAGCAACCCUACCAACCCCAACGGAUGGUCAGGCGCGCAGCCUCUCUUCUCUGGGAGCAUCACAGGCUCAGGCACUGGUCCGAUAGACCAAACAUUGAUUGGUGACGCCAACAAUAUGUACCUCUUCUUCGCCGGCGACAAUGGCAAGAUCUACAGGGCCAGCAUGCCCAUCGGCAACUUUCCCGGUAACUUUGGCAGCUCCUCGACCGUCGUCCUGAGCGACUCGACCAACAACCUGUUCGAGGCCGUGCAGGUCUACUCCCUCGAGGGCUCGGGCGGCUACCUCAUGAUCGUCGAGGCCAUCGGCUCGCAAGGCCGUUACUUCCGCUCCUUCACCGCCAGCAGCCUGGGGGGCCAGUGGACGCCCCUCGCCGCCACCGAGCAGAACCCCUUCGCCGGCAAGGCCAACACGGGCGUCACCUGGACCAACGACAUCAGCCACGGCGAGCUGAUCCGCACCUCGGCCGACGAGACGUUCCCCGUGAACCCCUGCAAGCUGCAGUUCUUGUACCAGGGUCGCGCCCCCAACUCGGGCGGCGAGUAUGUCCUUCUGCCUUACCGCCCUGGUCUCCUCACCCAGGCUUAGAUGAGAGGAACGGUGUGGUGUGGCUGGUGCGUCCAGGUCGGGUGGUCGUGGAGGGUGAUUAGGUAGCGAUUACCCAGGCUUAGAUGGGAGAAACAGUGUGGCUGGUGAGUCCAGGUCUAGUGGUCUUGGAGGGUGAUUAGGUAGCGAUUGACUUAUCUAUGAGAUUAUGCGAAUUGAACGAGGAAUAUGAAAAAGUGUCUG